GCUGAACCUGGAGAGAGAAGAUCCAAGAUGCCACGGUCAAAGUGUGAUAUCAUGUCCAAAGAGCCCAGCUCCAACUUGGAAAGCGCGAUGCAGAUGCUGAUCAAGACCUUUCAUAAGUAUUCUGAGGAAGGAGACAAAUACACGCUGAGUCGGGGAGAACUAAGGGAACUGCUGACAGAGGAACUGGGAAAUUAUUUAGGGAACGCUCAAGAUAAAGAUGCGGUGGAGCGAGUAAUGAAUGACCUGGAUGCCAAUAAUGAUGGCGAGGUGGACUUCACCGAAUUCAUCAUCCUCAUGGGCGCACUGACCGUGGCCUGCAACGACUUCUUCCUUGACAGCCCGGCGCCCAAAAAGCCAGAUAGCAAGGGCGACGGAGCUACAGAGGAAAAGAAAGAAUAAUGAGAGCCUACGAAACAAGACAAGUAUUAGUGCGUUGCAUGAGUGAGAUUCUAGUUUCCUUCAUUUCUUUUAUCGGGACUGACAAACCUAGUUCCUGAAGGAGAUUUGCUUUUAUAAUUCAACACAUGCUGUUCGUUACUUUCAAUAAAAAACUGUCAAACCCCAAAAGGCUUCUUGGGGUCUGUGGGAAAACACACAGAUGUAGUGCCAGGAGCUGGUUUGUCUAACGUCAAGCUAUUUUUUAAUGGAAGAUGUAUAUGAAUGGAUGGAUUCCAUUUUAAUGAUGUGGGUACGUAUAGAGCUAUACAAGUUUAUAUGUGCAAUAAAUGGCUCUAUUUUUGGGAUCUCAUGGGAAUUCAUACAUAUUUAAAACAUAACUAACUCCGCCCUUAAACUCAACUUCACUGGAAGAAAGCAAAUCACAAACAUGCAAAUUUGGUUGUACAAAUUCAUACAAAUAAGCCACUUUGUAAAAUACAUAAGAAUUCCCAUGAGAUGUGUUGGUACGUCAAAGCCUAACAAUCGUACAUGUGAAGGAAAAGUGUGCUAUGGACAGUACUGAAGAAUCACCUCAUAAACAGAUGUUAUGGUAUUUUACAUAAUUUAUUUAUGAAAUUAUGCAUUAUUACAUCCAUUUCGAGGUUAGCGUAAAUUGUUAACAGUGUUUAUAGACAGUUACAUCUGAAAUGAUUCAGUGUUGAACUUGGUUUGUCUCUUUCUUUGCCUAUUUUUAUUUAAUAAUCAAUAUCUAUUCCUAAUUAUAAUAAACAUGCAAUUGACCCCCCCCCCAUAAAUUAAUCUGAUAUUUUUGUCAUCUCACAACCAUUGGAAAUGUUUUCAUUACGCCACAUUUUAUUGCUAUCACUCUGCUUUGCCUAAAUUAUUUAUUUGAAUAACUAUUACAGUAUGUCAUUUAAAGAUGAUUUAUUAUUUAACUGUAUUAUUGCUGAAGUAAAUUUAUCCUGUCUGCACAGGUUUAUUUCACAAUAAAUAUAUUGCACAUUUA